AAUGAGCACAAGAAAAGGGCCAGCCUCGAGUAUGACACUAGUUACAAAGUAGCAGUUGAUUACAGUAGAUUGACAGUGUUCAGAUCGCAGAAAAGAUGAAAACGGACUACCAACCGUUUCUUUCUGCUACUGUAUCACAAUGUUCGCGAGUGACCAGAAAGGACACGGGAUCACCAUGCAAGUCCUUAAUGGAGACCGAUUCUGUGAAAAGAGCAGCGGAGUGUUCUGUUAAACCUAAACAUAUUGAUUCUGGACAAGAUACUCAAUACAAAAACCGGUCUCCGAACCCGGGGAAGGCAGGGGAGAGACAAGUGCUCACACAUACGCCACGAGGAAAUAGUAAAGACGUCAACAGCGGUGGCGUGGAAUCGAGGGGCACGCGGUCUGUAACACCCCGAUCCAGGAGAAAAGCUCGCAAGCCAAAGAAGCCCCAGAAGAGUGCGGCAUGCUGGGACCCCAACUUCCGUGGCGUGACGAUGUGGUUCACUACUCUGGUGGAAGGGGACAGGGCACAACUCAGGAUAUCGUCCUUCUUCAGCAAGACGACGGGUAAGAAAAAAUCAUUCAUGGGAACCAAAUGUCGGCGGAAGCGCAGCGACUCUGUAUCUGAAUGCAAGAGCAGCUCCGACAAUGAGGACUUCCGUGAGACAUUCCCCACGAUGAACUUCGGAGGUGGAGGACCAAGACCACAGGAAAAGACCACAGGAGACCAGAGGUGGACCGACCACAGGAACACAGGACCACAGGACCAUGGAAUCCACAAGACCAAAAAUGGCACUGACCAAAGACACUGGACCAACAUGUGGACCACACAUGUGGAAACAAAGGACCACAGGAACGACCACAGGACCAUGGAGGACACAAAAAGAGACCACAUGAAAGAGGAAAGACCACAAGACCAUGAGACCAUGGAGGACAAAGAACAUGACCAUGGACACAGACCAUGGACCAUAUACAGAAAAUAUCGAGUGCGCUGUAGCAAGUGUUGGCACAUCCCCAAAAAGGACAGCAAGACCUACCCAUCAUGUUCUGUCUGUGGUGGAAUGCUGCGCUUCCACCAGAACAGGAAACUCUGGUAGACUAGCCUGCAUUUUACCGGACAGUUUUACCCACCCGGACAAAUAUAUCUACCUUGACGCCCUGCGUGGUUAGUAAGUCUGGACGGGGAGGGUUUUACUGGCAUCUUAAGCUUAUUAUCCACGACCACUUGGGCAGUUCCGGUAGAGGACAGGGUACAGUGACGGUCCCAGGAACACAGCAGAGAUAACAGGAAAAGUCAUAAUAGUCUGGAUAUUUUAAUUAUGGCAAACUUUUAGUGAGGCACAACUCGGUCUUCGAAGACCGUAGCUAUACAUGUGGAAUUUGUGAUAGAAAGGUUGAAAGCAUUAGAAUUAUUCCGUAAAAGUUUGUCAGAUUAACCUGUAAGGGUUUUGUUUAUGACCAUGGUUUUGAAGCCGAUACCUUAAAGUGUUACUGCUAUGUGUGUACAGGAUGCCCGUGGAGUGUGGUGACGUGCAUUUCUCCUCUUCCUUGAGAUGGCCCAAGUACUAUUUCUAUGAAUGUCAUCGAUUAUGUUAUAUGUAUUGACUACAUAUCAUUAUCCUUAAUCUUUAUAAUCAGUGAUAUUUCAGAUUUUUUGAUGUUAGUGAUUGACACGAUUACAGAUGAAUUUUGCUAUUUAUGAAAUCACUAAAUCUUGAUGACACCUUUUGAUUCCACUUUGGAGCAAGCAGCUCUAUUUUGAGUUAUAUUUUACCAAUGUUUAUUUUGUAUUGUUUUAUUGAUAUAAACGUUUAUUGAAUAUU